AUGUUAUUUAAAAAUGAAUUGGACAAUAAUAAUAACGACAUUUUACAAUUGAUAGAUUUUUAUAAAGAUUCGGAUAAUUUAAGUGAACCUGAUAUUGUAAUAGCAGAAAUUAAGAUGUGGAAAAAUGUCUUAAAAAGAACUGAAGAAGAUCAAAAGCCAAAAACUGUAAUACAAUUUCUACAAUUUUGUGAUGAAGACUUGUUCCCAAAUAUAUACAAGUUAAUAAAAAUAACCUUAACGACAACUUUGAAACGGAUACGACUCGCGAGUUUCGUCGUCAUGCCGUCUCCGCGUUCGUUCUCGGCAUCCAGCCUCGACGACGUACACGACUACGAUUUGAACGGCCUAGGCGGCUGUAGUUUCGAUAUAAUAAACGAAAUCGACAAAUUCCUUGAAACACUUGAUGGUGCCGAAUCUGAUGGUGCCGAUUUGGUAAGAAUCGAGGAGGUAGUUAACAACAACACUCCAAACAAUCAAAGUGAUGUAGAAUUUGUUGGUAAAGAUUCAGCCGUGUUUCAACUCCUAGAAGACCAUGAAAACUAUGGUGUGUAUGAGCACAAUCCAAAUGAAUGUAACUGGAAUGUUUUUUAUAAAACACUGCCCCCUGGUGAACAAAUUAUCAAACUAGAGCCAAUAAAGACUGAAAUUGUUAAUGAUGACUUCAACACAGACGUAUUGGAAACCUUCUCUUUUAACGUUGAUAAUACUCAGGAAAAACCAAUUAGUAAUACUAGUGAAUUUUGUGAUGAUGUAUUGGAAAAUUUUUCCUUUAAAAUUUCUCCAUCAAAAGAUGACAAUAUUAAUAAGAAUGAAUUUAGAAAGCCAAACCCAUGGUACCGUACAGAUUCAACGCAAAGAAAUAACGUUUUUAAUCAUAAAAUUAAAAAUCAAUACCAGGGAAAUAGUUCAUUCGUAUCUGUUCCUAAUAAUAACAAUAACUAUAAGAAGAAUGCAUUUAAAAAGCCAAACCCAUGGUACCGCAAAGAUUCAACUCUAAGAAAUAAUGUUAAUAAAAUAUUUCCAUCACAUCUCCCACCUGUACCAUUUAGAGCUCACGGUGUAGUUGGAGAAGGGAAUAGUUCAUUACCAACUGCUCAAUCACAUCUCCCACCUGUACCAUUUAGAGCUCAUGGUGUAGUUGGAGAAGGGAAUAGUUCAUUACCAACUGCUCAAUCACAUUUCCCACCUGUACCAUUUAGACCUCAUGGCGUAGUUGCAGAAGGGAAUAGUUCAUUACCAUCUGCUAAAUCACAUCUCCCACCUAUACCAUUUAGACCUCAUGGCGUAGUUGCAGAAGAGAAUAGUUCAUUACCAUCUGCUAAAUCACAUCUCCCACCUAUACCAUUUAGACCUCAUGGCGUAGUUGCAGAAGGUAAUAGUUCAUUACCAACUGCUCAAUCACAUCUCCCACCUGUACCAUUUAGAGCUCAUGGCGUAGUUGCAGAAUAUUUGUGUCCGGUAUCUUUGGCUGGAACUACAAUAAAAUUUGUGUCUAGGAAACUGGCAAAUACAAGCAUGCGAGAACAAAUUCUUAUAGAAUUGGCCACACAUGGUGUCAUAGAGAACAAUUGGUGGACACCAGAUGACCUUUUUUAUACGACAUAUAAAGAAAGAUGUAUGGCUCAAUAUGUAUACUCUAUAUAUCCUCAUAAUAAUAAAAGUUCAUAUUAA